AAAAGGGGGCCGUUUAAGGUGUAGUACUGAUUACGCUAACGACUUGGCAUUUUACAAUUCUGCAGGAAGAAAAGUUUAUGGAAAUUGGAGUCUUUUAGCGAGCUCAGCUGAAAAGCAGGUUCAGGUCCAGAUCUCCAGCUCCCCUCACGUCUUGCCUGACAUUCUUGUGCCUUUGGCCCUGAAAGAGUUGAUGAUCUUCAUUUUAUCAAACUUUCCAACUCGAUUAUUGCAAAAUAACCUGUCUGCAAAGGUCAUUCGCGAUCGAUUUCCCCCUUUGGCGCGUCCCGCUUUUCCCCAUGGUGGAAUAGUGGAUACACAUUAUUCGCGACCGCGAAAACUCAUCAGUCAUCAACUGCCAGACUUUUAGUGCUCACUUAUGGGUCCCGGUUUUGAUCGAUCGUCACUGAUUGCCGAUCUUUUUGCUCCUUCGAUUACUUCUUAUACUGUACUUAUAUGUAUGGUUGAUCUCCCCGCUUGAUUACCCCAGCCGAUCCAGAUCUCUCUUUCGAGGAUUGGAUUCUAGGACGAUUACCUGUUCAACCGGGAAUUUCCGUGCUGGCCAUGAAUUCAUAACCUCGGUCAUUCAUGAAAUAGCAUCAUGGCUUAUGUUCUCGUCACGCUGUGCUGCACCUUUGCAGCGCUGGGCUCGUUCUUAUUCGGCUAUGACUCUGGUGUGAUCUCGUCGAGUAUCGAGCAGGAUGCGUUUUUGCGGUAUUUCGGUUCGCCGGGGUUAUCGGAUGCUGCUACUGGAGGGAUUGUUUCUUCGUAUACAGGAGGUGCAAUCGUCGGGUCCCUUCUGGCACCCUACAUAUCUGACUUCUACGGACGCCGCAUGCUUAUCUUCAUCGGUGGACUGCUAGCCACGCUAGGGGCCGCCCUCCAGGGUGGUGCAGUCACCGUCGCGAUGUUGAUCGCUGGCCGAUUCAUCGCAGGCUGGGCAAUUGGGCUUAUGUCGGCUACUAUUCCUGUCUACUGUAGCGAGGUUGCACCGCCACGCAUUCGCGGUUUGCUUGCCAGUAUGCAGCAGUGGAUGAUUGGGCUGGGCAUCAUGGUAGCCCAAUGGGUCGGCUACGGAUGCUCCCUCCACAGCGGCAACUUCUCCUGGCGCUUCCCACUCUCCUUUCAAACAGUACCCGCCAUCAUCCUCGUCUGCGGCAUCUGGUUUCUCCCCGAGUCCCCGCGCUGGCUAAUCGAACACGGCAAAGAAGAAGCCGGUCGAGCAGUCCUCACCCGUCUCCAUCUAAACAGAACCGCAUCAAACCAGGACCUAGUCGAGCAUGAGCUCAAUCAAAUCCACACAAGCGUCGCCAACGAAAAGCACCUCGUCGUCCGCUCAUGGCGGCAACUCUUCCUCUCCCGCCAAUGGCGCUACCGUAUCCUCCUCGCAUGCGGUCUCCAAGCCAUGACACAAUGUUCCGGCGUAAACGUGAUUCAAAACUACGGGCCGCGAUUGUACAAAACACUAGGUCUGUCCACGUCAACUUCGCUCAUGAUAAUCGGUGUCUGGGGCGCACUGGCGCAGUUCUGGAACACCGUUUUCAUGACAUUCAUCGAUAAAGUCGGUCGACGCAAGUUACUCAUCCCGUCUUUGCUGGGUAUGGGCGCGGCAAUGUGUGUUGAGGGGACAUUAGCGCGGUACGUCGAUUUCAGCGAUAGCAGUGCCAACGCUGAUGCGUUGCGCGCGGCUAUUUCCAUGUUCUUCGUUUUCUCGCUCUUUUUUACAGCGCUGGGAAUGAUUUCGUGGAUUUAUCAGUCUGAGAUUUUUCCGACGGCUAUUCGGGCGAGGGGAGCGAGUGUGGCGACGGCGACGAAUUGGAGUUUGAGUUUGAUUUUUGCGCAGUGUUCGCCUAUUGCGUUGACGAGGAUUGGGUCGCGGUAUUUUUAUUGUUUUGUUGCGUUUAAUUGGGUUGCUGCUUUUGUGGUUUGGUUUGCGUAUCCAGAGACGGUUGGACGGUCUCUUGAAGAGGUUGAGGAGGUUUUUGUUGGUCGGCAGGUUAGUGAGGGUGAUCCUGAAGUUACUGAAGUAGUUUCUGGAAGUCCCAAGUCUGAGUGGAAGCCGCCAAGUGCACAUCUGAGGCAUAAGGGGGUUCAUCCGUUGUCGAUGCAUCCGACGACUAUGGGGAGUUGGAGUAGUAGGAGUGGAUGUUCGCCUAAGUUACCAUGGAGUAAACAGAUUGAUGAUGUGUAAUUUAGACAAUAUGAACACAUAUUAUACGAUUCUUGAGAAA